AUGGGACUGAAUAUCGCUAUGGUCUGUGAUUUCUUCUACCCACAGCUAGGUGGUGUGGAAUUCCACAUAUAUCAUCUAGCACAAAACCUGAUUCAGUUGGGCCAUUCAGUGGUGGUAAUAACACAUGCUUAUAAAGACAGGGUUGGAGUACGGUACCUAACGAAUGGUUUGAAAGUAUAUCACGUUCCUUUCUUUGUACUGCAUAGAGAGACAACAUUUCCUAGCGUCUUCUCCACUUUCCCAAUUGUUAGAAAUAUUUUAAUUAGGGAGAACAUCCAGGUUGUUCAUUCUCAUGGUAGUGGAUCUACCAUGGCUCAAGAGGCGAUUUCACAUGCAAAUACGAUGGGAUUAAGAACCGUAUUUACAGAUCAUUCACUUUAUGGAUUUACAGAAUUAGGAUCAAUUUUACUGAAUAAAUUAUUGAAAUUCACUCUUGCCAAUACCGACAGAGUUAUAUGUGUCUCAAAUGUGUGUAAAGAAAAUAUGAUAAUAAGAGCAGAUGUGGAUCCAGAAAAAUUGUCAGUAAUACCAAACGCUCUUAUAAGUGAGGAUUUUAAACCUUUAGAUAGUGAUAUUCGAAUGAAAAAAAAGGGUAGAAUUACGCUCGUAGUGAUAAGUAGACUGUUUCCAAAUAAAGGUUGCGAUCUUCUCGUUAGAAUCAUACCAAGAAUUUGUCAAGCCCACCAUGAUGUUGAUUUUAUAGUGGCUGGAGAUGGGCCAAAGUUUAUAGACUUUCAACAAAUGGUCGAAACCUGUCGACUAGAAGAUAGGGUAAGACUACUAGGCUCCGUGCCUCAUGAAAAUAUUAGAGAUGUUCUUUGUCAGGGAGAUAUAUAUUUACACGCAAGUUUGACUGAAGCGUUUGGUACUGUCUUAGUGGAAGCAGCAUCUUGUGGUCUUUUACUCGUGACAACAUGUGUCGGGGGUAUACCAGAGGUGUUGCCUCAACACAUGACAGUUUUCGCCAAAGAGACUUCUGUGUCUGCAUUGAUUGAUGCUGCGAAUAAAGGUAUUGAAUCAAUAAGAUCUGGCAAAAUAGACACUUCUUCUUUCCAUAAAGAAGUUUCUAGAAUGUACGAUUGGCUAGAGGUAGCCAAGAGGACAGAAAAGGUUUACGAGGCAGUAUACCAUGAUUCAUCUCCCAGAGACAAAAAUUGGGCUGUGAUGGUGAAAAAUUGUUAUUUUCAGAAAGGAGAUGGUAUGUGGGCAAGAUAUCUGUACGUUUUAUGUGCUAUCGUAGAAUAUUGGAUAUUCAUUGUUCUAGAGUGGCUAUAUCCACGGACAGAGAUAGACAGAGCUCUUAAGUGGCCACAGAAAAAGGAUUUCCAGAUAACUAGAAAAAGUUCUUUAAAGAAUAUGUAA